CGCUUCCUAAUAUUACGCACUCCCAACGUUUUUGCUUACCGCGUCAAUUGUAAAAAGGCAGACAACAUACUGUCUGCAUUCAAACAAGGCUAAACUAACGACCGUCACGAUGUCAGCUACAGCUCGCGCAGAGGCUCGUCGCAAAGCUAUUCUCGGCAGAGGAACUGACCGUCUGUCGAAAUUGACGACGACCGCUCGUGGAGAAGAUGCUCCCGCAUAUUUGAAUGCUGAUACUCCUCCAAGAACUGCAGCUGCUAGUUUUGUGGGAGAGGCACCAAGCAUACCUCCUCCCCCAGAUAUGCCGUCCCCGUACUCUUUUGGAAAUACAGGCCUUGGCGGAGCAGCGCCCGACCCAUCCGUUUGGUCAGAAGAGCAUCAAAGGCAGUUCCUUCAAGCUCUCAUGGGUGGCGCAGCCAAUUCUCCGCAAUUUCCUCAGCCUCAGAUUUCGGCUGCGGCCUCCAACGGAACAACUGCACCUCUUCCAGGUGAUCCUUUCGCUGCGAUGAUGGAUUCCUUACAACAAAUGGACCCGUCUCGUGGUGGCGCUACCGGAAAAAUACCUACUCCUCCCACACCUACAAAGCCUCCCUCGGUCGUGCAGAAGUUCACGCCAUUGCUGCACAUCCUAUGCACAUGGCUCAUUCUGGGAUUUUUUGUGCUUUUCAAAGAACCCCAAACAUUAGUCGAGCGCAGCGGUGGCUUUUCGGAAAGUUUCUGGAAACGUUGGGCAGAGCUCGCCUGGAGAAGCUCUAGCAUCGAGGGCUGGGGGGUGCAGUUUGUGCCGUUCAUGUGGGCUUUCAUGACUGUGCAAAUUAUGCUUCACUCAAUACGUAUAUACACGGGCAACAACCAAGUGCAGCCCCCGAUUUUGUUGGCGCUAGCUAUGCCUCAUUUGCCUCCUCCAUUCCCAUCCAUCAUUACGAAUGGUUUGCGCUAUAUCCGGAUGGGAGGCGCCAUUCUUGACGAUCUGUCGGCGGUUAUAUUUGGAAUUGGGAUGGUUGUGUUGAUUGCUGGGUGGUUCGCUGGAUGAUCAGUUCACUCUGUAAAUUCCGCUAGUAUGAUGAGUUUAGGAUCAUUUUUUUUUGAUGACACAU